GAACAGCUUCCUGUUGACGUCAGGCUGUGGGAUCUUACCGAGGGAAGAGUUUCUGUAGUUUCUGUAGUUUUUCUGCUGUAAAUAAUAAAAUAUCAGGAGCGUUUUUAGCUCCAGAUUCUCUGUAGAGUCCGGUUUAAUGGUUUUAUAGAAGUAGAUCAGCAGCAGGAAGAGGAGGAGGAGGAGAUCUCUCACUAUAACUCUUCGUUUCUCCGGUUUUUCUCGAGUUUAUCUCGGGUUUUUCUGUGUUUUUCUCCGGUUUCUGGAGGAUUUAAACCCUGUAAACAUGCUGUUAUAAUCAGUAACUCGUAUCUCAGAAUGGCCGAGGCGAGAACUGAAGAUGAAGAGGAGAGUCUGCGGGAGUCCAGAGGAGGAAGAAACCCCAGAUUAGCAGCCGUUUCAUCAGAACGAGCGGAGAGGAACAAGCCUGAACAGCGUCAGUCCAGCAGUCAGGGAGCACUCUCCUCACUCAGAGCUGCCAUUAAAAGAACGUCCAACAGAAGCACAGCCCAGACCGACCACAGCAGAGACCGGCGACGUCCAGAGAUCACCAUCCUCUCAGCUGAACCUCUGGCUUCUAACAGCUGGUUCCCCGGAGCUUCUGGAGCUUUUCCCCCUCCACCACCUCCUCCUGCUCAGCCCUCGUGGGCGAAUACUGGCCUUACAGUUCAUCUUCCUCCGCCCUCAUAUGAACAGGUGAUCAGAGAAAAGAGUCGCGAGCAGAACCUUCCUCCUCCUCCUUCACUCUCCUCCUCCUCAUCCUCCACCUCCUCCCCUCCCUCCUCCUCCCGCCGCUCCACCGUCACCAUCGCCACCCAGACCGACACCCACGCCUCAAAAUCAAAGAACCGCACCUGCCCUCCAGCUCGUCGUCCACCAAAGCCGCCCCGCCCCUCCCUCCCUCUCAUCCCUAAACCUGCUGAGACCUCACCUCCACACACACACACUCAACCUGCCACACACACUCCAGCUCCCACACACACUCCUCAGUCAGAACAGUGUGGAGUUCAGACCGACUUCAGCAACGUCCCUGAUGACCUCGCACCUCAGGAGGCCACACCUUCUCUCCCUGACUCCUCCCACAAUCCUGCUCCAGCGAAUCGAGAGGGUUCAGCUCAUCCCAGGCCACGCCCACGUCCUCGCUCCAAAGCUAUUUUGGCUCCUAGCGCCAAAGAGGAGGUUCUAGACCAAUCGACGACGACGAUGACGAGAGAGGUCAAAGUUCAGACGUUGGUGCGUCUGAAGGACGACGGGUCUGAGAGCGUUUUCACCGGAUUUACAGAUAAUUCUUCAGAUGUUUCCUCAAAUAAAUAUCUGCAGGAGCUGCUGGACGCUUUUGCGUUUGAUGAGCUGAGUUUACAAGGAGACCAGUCCAGCGAAAGUGAUCAGAAUGACCAAAAUGAUCAAAGUGAUCAAAGUGAAAAGAGCGAAGAGGAGCAAGAGGAAGAUCACAUCGUAGCUCCUGAUUUUGCUGUAGUUGCCCCUGUAGCUUCUACCGUUCCACCAGAACCUUCAGAACCUUUAAAGAGACCAGAACCAAGACCUAGAACUCAAAACCCCAAACCAGCGAUUUCACCAAAACCAUCUGAACCAACACAAAAUGUGCAGGAGGACGAAAAACCUUCUGAAAACCAGAUUGAAUCGAUAUUAAACCAUCCAGUUCCUGCUCCCAGACCACUGCUGACCAAUAGAAGCUCAGAGACCAAUAAACCAGACCAGAACGUACCCCAUAAACCCCCUCAACCCCAUCAACCCCCUCGACCUCCAGUAGCUGCCCGUAGAUCUCUGUUACCUUCAGCCCUCGCAGAAGCGUCUCAGUCUGGGUCUCAAACUGCAGAAGUGCCCCCUAAACCCUCUGUAGAUGAUCAGCAUGUGGAGGAGCCAGCGCCGGUACUGUCAGCGCCGGUACCGUCAGCCAGCAGAACCAGCGGGAGAUGUUCCUCAGGACACACCCAAACCAGCCAGGUCCCAACCAAACCCCCGUCCCAGAGGAGACCUCCACCCCCAUCCACCACCAACACACAGGCUGCUGUUGGUGGUGUUCUUGUUAGUAAAGCUCCAGUUUCAUCUGUUCCCUCUCUGCCGCCCAGACCAAAAGAAGGUAAGAUGCUUCCUCUCCGGCCUCCUCCAAUGAAGCUGCCUAAAUCAGCAGGCUCCUCCCAUGUUCCUGCUACAACCAAUCAGCAGCCAAAUCACAGGGUACCAAAACGAGGACCACCCCUUCCCCCCAGACCAAAGCCGGGACAUCCUCUCUACAGAGAAUACACAAGCAAAGUUCCGCAAGGUGAUACAAAGAUUACCUGUCCUGGCACUGAGCCAGAGAAGCGCUGCCUCCAGCAGAAAGUUCAGAAAGAGGAACUGGAUGACACACUCCCUCCCACUCCCCCAGCCGUCCUCCAGACAGAGGUGAAAGGUCGUCAGGACGGGCGUGAGGACGUCUGUCUCGCAGUGAAGGACGAACUCGUCUCUCAGCAGAAGGAAGUGAGGAGAGAACAGCAGGAAGAGCAGCAGCUCCAGCCAAACACUGUCCAGUUUGUUUCUCGGUUUGCUUUUGAAGGUGAAGGUGAUGAGCUGUCGUUUCGUGAGGGUGAUGUCAUCACGUUAUUAGAAUAUGUAAAUGAGGAGUGGGGGCGUGGCAGUCUGGAUGGACAGACGGGACUUUUCCCUCUGAAUUUUGUUCAGGAAGAGAAGAGACUCAAUCCUGGAUCACCUGCGCCCCCUGCCUAUGAGGAGGAAGGUCGCACAGGCAGAGCUAUGUAUGAUUUCACUCCUGAGUCUGAAGAUGAGCUCUGCCUUAAGGUUGGAGAUAUAGUGUGUGCACUGGAGGAGGUGGAUGAGGAGUGGUAUACGGGGGAGUUCGGUGGAAAACGAGGAAUUUUUCCAAAAAUUUUCAUCCAGGUGCUCUAAACCUGCAGGUGAAGCAGUGGAUGGUAAUCGUGUUCACACAGGAAAAGAAAAAGAUCACCAAAAGUGUUUCCUUAAAGACCGUCUGCCUGAACACACUCCAACACACACCAACACACUCCAACACACAAACACACACCAACACAAUCAUACGUUGGAGUGUAUUAAAACAUGGUACUCUGAUAGUUUCUCUGUUUAAUGUAUUUUAUUUUUCACUGAUUCACUGACUCUCUCUGAUCCAAAGCCAGCUGAUAUAUUGUAGAAUGUAACCAGGCUGUAAAAAAGAAGAAAAGCUUUCUGAUGUUGAUUUUUUAACAUUUUUACUUUUCUGACUGAUUUCUCCUUUUUUGUUGUUUUUUUUUUUUUGUGGAGAUUAGUUUUAUUAAUGUAUUAGCUGUACACAGUUUUAUCUAAAGAGUAUAAUUUGAUAAGUCUAGUAUUGGAUUUGGGAACAAAGAACCUUUAACCCGAAUUAAACCCAGAUAAAUUACUGUAAAA